GUCACUGUACUGGCAGAGGGAGAAGGGGGCUGGGUGCUGCUGAUCGCUGCCGCCGCCGCUGCUGCUGCUGCAGUGUGCAGGAAUGACCUUACCCUGAGUUGCACGCAGGAAGUGAUGAAACAUGCACACUGAGCAUUCUGCCUGCGGAUUGAAAGGUCAAGGAAGCCGUACAGGAGGACGCAGGUACUUGCAAGCUUCACAAUAACAAUGCACAGAGAUCUCCCUGUCAACACCAGCAGCCUGCAUUGACUGUCUAGUAGACAAGACGUAGGACGAUUUUGGUCUCGCUCACCUCUGCAUUCCCUCUUCGGACAUCAUGUCUGGAAACUAUGAUGAUUCCGUCGGAGUAGAAGUGUCAAGCGACAGCUUCUGGGAGGUUGGCAACUACAAGCGCACAGUGAAGAGGAUAGAUGAUGGCCACAGGCUGUGCAAUGAUUUAAUGAACUGUAUCCACGAGCGGGCGAAGAUUGAAAAGGUGUACGCCCAGCAACUCACAGAGUGGUCCAAGAGGUGGAAACAACUUGUAGAGAAAGGCCCUCAGUAUGGCACGGUGGAGAAGGCUUGGAAUGCAGUGAUGACGGAGGCAGAAACAGUCAGUGAGCUCCACCUUGAGGUGAAAAACGCUCUGAUGAACGAUGACUUUGAAAAGGUGAAAAAUUGGCAAAAAGAGGCCUAUCACAAGCAGAUCAUGGGAGGCUUUAAAGAGACCAAAGAAGCUGAAGACGGUUUCAGGAAAGCACAGAAGCCAUGGGCAAAGAAAAUGAAAGAGGUGGAAGGGGCCAAAAAGGCAUACCAUGCAGCCUGCAAGGAGGAGAAACUGGCCAUCUCUCGGGAGACCAACAGCAAAGCCGACCCAGCCCUCAACCCAGAGCAGCUAAAGAAACUCCAGGACAAAGUGGAGAAGAGUAAGCAGGACUCUCAGAAGACCAAAGAGAAAUAUGAGAAAACUUUGAAGGACCUGGAUGGCUCCACCCCACAGUACAUGGAGAAUAUGGAGCAAGUGUUUGAACAGUGUCAGCAGUUUGAGGACAAGAGACUGCGUUUCUUCCGGGACUUACUGCUGGAUGUUGAAAAGCACCUCGACCUGUCCAACCUGGAAGGCUAUUCCAGCAUAUACCGAGAUCUAGAGUAUGCAAUCAAGUCAGCUGACGUUCCAGAGGACCUCAAAUGGUUCAAGAACAAUAAUGGUCCAGGGAUGACAAUGAACUGGCCACAGUUUGAGGAUGAAGAGUGGUCUGCUGACUUAAACCGCACUCUGAGUAGAAGAGAAAAGAAGAAGCCGGGAGAAGGGGUGACCCUAACUGGAAUCAGCCAAGCUGGGGAGCCGUCUGUCCAGACUAAACACAGCAGCUAUCUUAGCGUGCAGUCAGUACAGUCUACACAGUCGAGUAGCAAUCCAUUUGAAGAAGAGGAGGAGACGAACAGUAUCAUUGAGAAGGAGGACAGUAAAACUAAAAAUGUUAGCAGCUAUGAGAAGACUUACCCCACCGAAUGGUCUGAUGAUGAAUCUAAUAAUCCCUUCACCAGCAGUGAUGCAAAUGGUGACAGUAACCCAUUUGAUGAAGAAACUCCAGGCACAGUGGAAGUCCGAGUCCGGGCGCUUUAUGACUAUGAAGGUCAGGAGACGGAUGAGCUAAGCUUUAAAGCGGGUGAGGAAUUGACGAAAAUCGAAGACGAGGAUGAACAGGGUUGGUGCAAAGGUCGUCUGGAUGGUGGACAAGUGGGCUUGUACCCUGCAAACUAUGUGGAGUCAGUGCAGUGACAUUCAAGCCCCUUCCCCUCCCUGCCUCUAGCGUGCACCUAGUUCUCGUAGUAACCUGUAAUCUGUUCACUGGGAGUUCAAUGCAACAUAACCUGUAUAUAAUAUUAUAUAAGGAAGAUAUGGUGGACUCUAGAAAUGAAUUCACCUACAUUCAGUAGAGCAGGGAAUCUUGAUGUUUUUGAUUUUAACUUUUGUUUUCUUUCCCUCCCAUAUUUCAAAGCCAAGGCACUGUUACUUUGACAGUAUCGGUCUUUUGUUUUGAAAAGGGCCCAUUGCAAUUAAGUGCGAAAUCAGCACAUCGAGGAAGCAACAGUCCUGCUUGUUUCUUGCUGUAUUUUUUUCUUUCUGAUUUAACUUUAUUUUUAUUGGUCGCUGUUGUGGGCAGUGCCUUGCAUUGAUCCUGCUCGUUCACUUCUUAGUAUGAUUUGUUGGAAGUGACCUUUUCUGUAAUGUGGAUUAUAUAUUUUUUUAAGCGUUGCAGUUCUGUAAUUUUUUUUUUCUUGUUUUUAUGAAUUUUUUUUGUCUUAUUUAAUGGUGGGCGAAAAGUUAUUUUUUUUGUUUCUGCGGAAGGGCGGAGGUUUAGAUGCUCCAUUUUCCAUUUAUAAAGUAUACCUUUUUUGUGCUCAGUUUUUAUCUUUUAAGGCAGCCAUGUGACUCCUUUAGUUGGCAGCCCAGCCUUAGGUAAUAGCAAGAAUAGUGUUUGUAUUUAUCUAAAGUAUGUUACAGGAAAUUGUGGCAGACCUUAAAAUCCUAAUGCUGGGUUUACGCCAUUAAGGGCGUUAUUUAUUACUUUUUUUUGUUUGUUUGUUUUUUAUUUUCCCCAGUUAAGCAGCCACAGUGGCUAUUGUAUGUAGAAUUCCAAAGUUGCCCUUUUUAGCAUUUAAUUUUUUCAAAUUUGUGUUCUGUUAUUGUUUCAGCAUAUUCAUGUUUCAAAAUAAAAUCCUGAUUUGAUUAAUUCUGGUCCUUUAAAUGACGUCUGCAGGUGAAACGUUCCCUAGUUAUAUUCCAGAGUUGUAUUUAAAGUGUAUAUAAAGACUUUUUUCUUUUUUUUUUUUGGAAAAUAGUGGAGAAGGGUUAAAUCCUGUCUGGUUUAUAUUGCGGCCUGUUCCCACUGGAGUAAGUGAUGGGAAAUGCAAAAUUCAAGAAUUGUCACCAAUGCAAGAAGUGAGGGAAAAUUCUUAAAUUGGGACGCAUGUUAACUGGCCGAGAUGGAAAAUUGCUUCCAAUUCCUUGUGUGUCUUUACAGGAAGGGAAGUAAAAUCUUCCCAGAUGUACAGAGGCAGCACAAAAAUAACCUGGUAUGGGUUUAAGCCUCUCCCUACUCUAUGCAAAGAUUGAAAAAAGUUCUGACUUUACAUACACUUUAAUAAUUUUUCAGGCACAUUUGACAGAAUAAAAGAACAAGCUCUGUCUGGGUCAGAUGGAGGACCAUUUCCAAAAUUUCCCUCCUAAUCGCUGGUAGGUUUCCAAAAAGAAGACUGCUUGGGUUGUGUAAUGUGCAGCCUGAUUACUUCUUUAAGCUGCUACUUACUCCUAAACGGAUACCUUUUUUUUUUUUUUCUGCAAGUAGGUCAGUAAUAAUGACUGGAUGGGAGAGAUUUACACAGUAACUAAAAACAAAAAGUUCUUUAAUAUUCAGUGUAUUUUUAUUUUGUUUAACAGUCAUUAAUUGGUCUGUAGAUCAUCCACUCAAAUUUCAGGUGACUUCCCUGUUGGUCUAAAGUUAAAGUAUUAUGAAAUUCCUAGGGCUAACAGAGACAUUUUAAUAUUUAAUCUAAGCUUCUAACGCUGGGAAAGGGCUUUGGUGUAUUUUUUAGUUCCACCUUCCGUAUACUUUAUGCAGAAAAAUUUAAAAAAGAAAAUUAAACUUUAGAGUUGUUCUAGUUUUUCAAAUGUUGAAUAAAAAAUGCUACAUAUGUGUCAAGACUUUCUUCAUGUCGUCAUCUACUGUACAAGUACCCAAACGCUGUGUUUAGAGUAAUGUGCGUUUGUGUGUCUAUGGAUAAACAAAAAUUAUAACUAUUUAUGCCUCUAUAUCUAGAUAUAUUGAAUUAUUUUUGACUAAUUUCGAAGAGAAUCCUUUAAAAAGCGCAUGUUGUCUUGUGAAUUUCAUGACAGACUAUGCCUGGAGACUGUUAUCGAUCCUAGAUCUUCGAUCCUUCCUAGUUUUUUGCUGUAUCAUAGUCUUAAGUAUUCUGUGAUUCUGAAAAAAAAAAAUUAGUAAUAAGCGACAAAAAAAAAGUGUUGUGACAUGUAGUUUUGGAAAUUUGGUGAGAUGUACUAAAUAAGCUUUUUUUGAGGGGGGUUCCAUGUAGCGAAACACUGUAUAGUCUUCCACAGCGCUUACACGGAAAGUAUUCGGGAAGGCUUGUCUCAUAAAGCAGAAUUUUAUUUUUCCUGAUGUGGUCAGAAAAAGAUCACCCUAUGAACUCCUACAUGGGCUAUUCUGAUGUACCAUCACUCUUGAUGUAUUACAGUGGAUUCUUGGGGAUCAGGCUGGAUCUCUGCUCUGUAUUUUAAAGCCCAGCUGAACUUUAAGUUUAAGGGCCUGUGUCAAUGGGAUUUGGGCUUAUGUCAAUUGCAUUAUUUAUAGAUGCUUCUAAAAUCGGUCAGAGUUCAUUUAAAAAUGCAUGUGACCUGCAGGUUGACUUAUUUCUGACCUGCAUUUGACUGGCUUCAAGCCAAGUUUGCAUUUCAUAGACUGGGAAGUGAAAACCCUUUUGAUGCAAAUCGAAGCCUGUCAACACAGACCCUAAGCUAAUUACAUAUUUGGUGCUUUGUAACAAAUGUAUGCAAAAUAGUUUUCAUUUAUUUAAAGGGUAAAAAUCUGUCCCCUGCCAUGAGGCUGCAGAAUAAUGGGCCCAUGCUCAUUCUUUGGAAGCAGUGGUUUCUCUUUAGAGAUCUGGCACACCCUUGAUAAACAACUUGCGCUCUCCAAUAAGUAGGGGACACAAGCUUUACUGAUUUGUGGAGCUUAUAGGCCUUGACACAGAAGGGGGAUGUUGGAAAUGCUGCAGAGAGACCACUGCUUCUGUACUGAGAGGGCAGUGAUGAUCCUUUUCUGCAAAAUGUUGGCAGGGACCGGCUUUUCUACUUGGGUUGUGGCCUGAGACUUUGCACACCUUUUUAUUUUGAUACACUUUAAAUGUAUUUAGCUGAUUUAAACAUAAAGUAGAGUUGGGAUUUAACAGGUUUGGUCUUACACUUGAGUUCACUCAAAAUUGAUAUUUUAUUUUUGGGUGAAGGCCUGUGUUUUAUGAUAUCCAAGAGUUUCUAAUACAUCUUAGGAUGAGUUCCAGCUUCAAGAUCCACUUGCUGAUGUUCCAUUCACUUGCUCCAUGCACCUCAGCAGCAGUCACUUUCCAAAUUCUCUAUCCACUAACUGCAAACAUCAAACAGGGACACUAAGGCCUUCCUUUAAUGUCUGACGGGUAGACCAAGCUAGAAAUUCUGACCCAAAUAUCUGCUGGGUUUCCUGUAAGGUGCAACAUUUAUGGUUAAUUCUUAGUGUUGUGUAGACUGACCCUUUUCAAUUCUGGCCUCUCUUUAGAGCAGGGUGCUUUGAGAAGAGAUGAGUGAUCUGACUAAUGCUGCUCAGAAACACCACACAUGCAGCAUGAGAGAAGUCUCCUGAUAGAAUGAUGUAUUACUGUCUAUAGCAAAAUGUUUCUAUUUGCAUUUAAUGGAAAAGCUGUUGUUGAGGAAAGUCUUUACUGCAUACUAUAGCACAAAUAACUGUACACAGAGCUGAUUGUGGUAGAUCGGGUAAGUUGUGCCACACAAGAAACAUUUUGGCUGUAAUCUUAUUAAAGGAAUACAAAUAUAUUUUAUUCAAA